AUGAAGAAGACCACGGUUAGCUUGCAGAUCGUGUUAGCUUGGGUGCUACCGGCUGCUUUGGUGUCAGUGCCAACCAUUCUGAAUCAGAACAAGAAAAUCUGCUCCUUUGUUUUCAACGGGAUCAUCUGCAACAGCACCAUAUACAAGCUGCACUGCGCCCAUCUAGGGUUCAUCAAUAUUUACGGUCUGCUCGUUCUGGUCACUCUCUGCUUUCUCCCUGUGCUCUUCGAAUGCUUCAUCUACACCAGGAUCUUUAUCAUUGUGCACGGCAAAGGCCCGGAGGUGAGGAGGAAGGCGGCGCAGACCUGCCUCCCUCACCUCUUCAUCCUCUUUAACCUUAGCUGUACCUCCACCUUCGAUGUGCUGCUGGUGAGGAUCCAGACCGAGCUCCCUCAGACCUUACAGCUGUUCAUGACGUUCCAGGUCGCUCUGUACCACCCGCUGUGCAACCCCUUUGUUUACGGACUUAAGAUGACGGAGAUCUCCAAACACCUCAGAUGA